AAAAUUUCUUUAAUAUACAUGAAUAUGGGACGUAACGUGAAGGGCGAGUGGGGAGUAAGUUUAACAUGAUAGAGAAGAGGGGUGGUCGUGUUGAUGGGGAGGGAUCGUCGGUUACUGUGUCCCCACCACCACGACGUUCCGUGAGCGGCUCAUCUUCAUAUGUCCCUCCCCCAUUUAAUCAAGAGCCAGAGGACAACCCUCUUCAUGUGCUACGUGACAGAGCCCCUCCCACUCUCUCUGUUGUAAUCCCUCCAAACUUCCCCCCCCCCCCCCCCCCCCCCUUCCUCCCUCUCUCUCUCUCUCUCUCUCUCUGGUUAGUAAUUACACUCUCAUCUCUCUCUCCCUCCCUCUGCAACUUCUCUCAUCCCAUGGUUCAACUCUUCACCCGUCGACGACCAUGCCUUCUCUUCCUCACUUCUUAUUCCACUUCUCCCUCCCCAGGUACUGUUCAGGAAUAUUCCGGCACAACAAAACCCACGCCGACGACAUCCCCAACACCUCCGCAGACACCGCCGCUGACGCCGACGACACCACCCCGGUCCCCAGCCCCGUAGAAUGCUACGCCUGCACCCAGGUGGGAGUGCCCGUCUUCCACUCUACCAGCUGCGACGCCGCCCACCAGCCCCACUGGGAGGCCUCCGCCGGCUCCUCCCUCGUCCCCAUCCACCUCCGCCGCAACUCCCCCAAGGGCCGCCGAGUCCCGGCGGGGGCCUUCGGCCGGGUCCUGGAUCCCAGGAGCAAGCGGGUGCAGCGCUGGAACAGGGCUUUCCUGCUGGCACGUGGCAUGGCGCUGGCCGUCGAUCCCCUCUUCUUCUACUCGUUGUCCAUCGGCCGCGGAGGGGCCCCCUGCCUGUACAUGGACGGGGGGCUGGCAGCGAUAGUGACGGUGGUGCGGACGGCCGUGGACGCGGUGCACCUGUGCCACCUCUGGCUUCAGUUCCGGCUGGCGUACGUGUCCAGGGAGUCGCUGGUGGUGGGGUGCGGCAAGCUCGUGUGGGACGCACGUGCGAUCGCUUCCCACUACCUCAACUCCCUCAAGGGCUUCUGGUUCGACGCCUUCGUGAUCCUCCCCGUCCCCCAGGCUGUGUUUUGGUUAGUUGUGCCAAAAUUAAUCAGAGAAGAGCGGAUAAAGUUGAUAAUGACCAUACUCCUACUAAUGUUCAUGUUCCAAUUUCUUCCUAAAGUCUACCAUAGCAUUUGCUUGAUGAGAAGAAUGCAGAAGGUCACCGGUUACAUCUUUGGCACCAUUUGGUGGGGAUUUGGGCUCAACCUAAUUGCCUAUUUCAUUGCUUCUCAUGUUGCAGGAGGAUGUUGGUAUGUUCUUGCAAUCCAACGCGCAGCAUCAUGUCUUCAACAACAAUGCCACAAAAACGGCAAGUGCAAUCUCUCUGUGGCUUGCUCGGAGGAGGUUUGUUACCAAUUUUUGUUGCCAGCGGAUACUAUAGGGAAUCCUUGUGCUGGCAACUCCACAACUAUGUUGAGGAAGCCCUUGUGCUUAGAUGUUAAUGGACCAUUCUCUUAUGGGAUCUACAAGUGGGCUCUCCCAGUCAUCUCUAGCAAUUCCGUCACUGUUAAGAUUCUUUACCCCAUAUUUUGGGGUCUAAUGACUCUCAGCACUUUCGGCAACGAUCUUGAACCCACUAGUCAUUGGCUUGAAGUGAUUUUUAGUAUAUGCAUCGUGCUUAGCGGUUUAAUGCUCUUCACUUUGCUAAUUGGAAACAUACAGGUAUUUUUGCAUGCGGUGAUGGCAAAGAAGAGGAAAAUGCAAUUGAGAUGUCGAGACAUCGAGUGGUGGAUGAGGCGCAGGCAAUUACCGUCUCGUUUGAGACAAAGAGUUCGUCAUUUUGAACGUCAACGAUGGACGACUAUGGGGGGAGAAGACGAGAUGGAAUUGAUCAAAGACUUGCCUGAAGGUCUUCGACGAGAUAUCAAACGCUAUCUUUGCUUGGAUCUUAUUAGAAAGGUGCCUUUAUUCCAAAACUUAGAUGAUCUUAUCCUUGACAACAUUUGCGACAGGGUUAAGCCUCUUGUCUUCUCUAGAGAUGAAAAGAUUAUUAGAGAAGGAGAUCCGGUGCAACGGAUGGUAUUCAUUGUUCGAGGGCGCAUAAAAAGCAUCCAAUGCCUGAGCAAGGGGAUGUUAGCCAUGAGCACUGUGGAGUCUGGUGGAUUCAUUGGCGACGAGCUCCUCUCAUGGUGCCUUCGUCGCCCCUUCUUUGAUCGCCUCCCAGCAUCCACUGCCACAUUUGUUUGCGUUGAAUCCACUGAAGCAUUUGGCCUCGAUGCAAACCACCUUCGCUACAUAACCGACCACUUUCGCUACAAGUUUGCUAAUGAAAGACUCAAGCGAACUGCCAGGUACUACUCAUCCAACUGGCGCACUUGGGCAGCUAUUAACAUACAAUUCGCUUGGCGUCGUUAUGUGACGAGGAUCCAUGGCCCGACAGUUCUUCCAGUGGUGGAAAACGGUGGCACCGAGCAGCGCCUUCGACAAUAUGCUGCAAUGUUUUUGUCGCUCCGACCGCACGACCACCUUGAAUAAAAGCAAAUUAAACAGCCAUAUCGAUCCAUUGCUUUAAUAAUAAUUCCCUUUGCUUUGCACAUUUUCCAUUGAAGGAUAAAUAAUAUGAGCAUAUGUAUUGCUUUCUUUGUUUCAAAAAUUCUAUUUUUAAUUUUGUAGGACCUCACGUCAUAUGUUUAAUUUGAGAAAUGAGAUUUGGAGAAUAACUUUUAUAUAUGUAUGAAAAUAAUGAAUAUUUCUUUUUUUGAUAUGAAA